UUUUCAUUUUCGGUUGGGUGUGUUUCAUUUUCAAAUUUAUGACUAAUCUUAAAUCAAAAUUGAUCAUUAUGCUCUUAUUCCAUUAAAUAAUUUAAAAACUUUGAAAGAUUUUCUCAUCUAGUAUGUGUAAUUCCUCAACAUUCCUCUACAUAUUAUUAUGACAUAGAUUAUUCAAGUGGUAAAAAAUGAAACCCUCUAUCAUAUUUAUCGUCUAUAUCUUAUUCGAAUGUUAUCAACACUCCGCAAGCUUAAGCGUCAAACGCGACAACACGAUUACAUGGUGCACCGUAAGCAAUGAAGAAUUCUACAAGUGUGGCAAUUUCUCCGAAGCUGUCUACGCCGAUAGGAAUUUAUUUAUGCCCUGGACACGGCUUCAGGUGGAAUGUAUACAGGCUGCGAAUAAAGAAGAAUGUAUGUCCAAAUUGAAUGACGAAUACGCUGAUAUAACCACAUUGGAAGCCGGUGAUGUGUUCAUUGGAGGAAGAUAUCACAGUUUGUUGCCAAUUAUGCAGGAAAUUCACGAAGGUGGACGCUGGUAUUAUUAUUCGGUUGCUGUGAUUAAAAAGAAUUCGUUGCACGAUGUUCGAAGUUUAUACGAUCUUCGUAGCAAAAAAGCGUGUUUUGCCGGCGUCGGAAGCGUUGCUGGAUGGGUUAUUCCUAUUGAAACACUCAUGGUGGAAGGUGGUCUCGAAGUGAUCGAUUGCAAUAAUCAUGUAAAGUCAGCUAUCAAGUACUUCGGGCCUAGUUGCGCGGUUAAUUCGUUGAUCGAUAAAUAUAAUCCCAUUGGUGACAAUUCUAAUAAGUUAUGCGAAUUAUGUAUCGGUAAAAUUCCGGGUGGCCGAUGCACUCCGGCAGAUCCUUACGCUGGCUACGAAGGCGCUUUUCGAUGUUUAGUGGAAGCUGGUGAAAUUGCGUUUCUCAAACACACCACCGUUAGUGAAAUGACCUCUCGAACGUCAGAUUUUGUAUCGGUUAAUCCGAACGAUUUCGAACUUCUGUGCAAAGACGGUUCUCGACGACCUGUUGACGAAUUCGAAAAAUGUAAUUGGGGCCGUACUCCGACCGAUGCUGUAGUUGUGUCGUCGGUUAAAUCGAGCAACGUGACCGAAAUCUAUCGAGACUUUCUACUGAAGGCGGUGAAAUUAUAUUCAACGCCCAAUACCUCCGCAACGCCUAUUAAUUCUCUCAAUCAGUACUAUAACCCGACGACGGCGAAUGUUCCGCAGUUCCGCAGUAACUCUACUUUUAAUUUUUUCGAAUCUGCCCCGAAGUACGGUCUCAAGCAUAAUUUGCUUCUUCAGGAUCGUGCGAAAGACUUGAUACCAUUGGAUGAAAACAAACAGACUUACACAGCGUAUUUGGGAGAUACUUUGAACUCCACUUUACAUAUAAGACAAUGUCCCGUUGAAAAAAUGACUUUAUGCGUUACGUCAGAUCCGGAAUACGAGAAAUGUAUUAAAAUGAAGAUUGCUUUGAAAUCGCAACUUUUGAAACCUGAAAUGCUAUGUUAUAAAGCCCGUAGCCACGUUCAUUGCAUGCAAGCGAUAAAAAAUCGCAAUGCUGAUGUAGCGGUAUUCGAUGCUGGCGACGUGUACACCGCUGGUUUGCAUUAUGAUCAAAUCCCAUUCAUAUCGGAAGUUUAUAACUUGGGUGUUCCCGAAUAUUAUGUCGUGGCUGUGGCUAAAGAAGAAGAUCCGUCCACCGAGAUGACCUAUUUAAAAGGAAAGUACACGUGUCAUACUGGUGUUUAUACCGGAGGUGGUUGGAUUAUACCGAUGGCUUAUUUGAUAUCAAACGGUUGGAUUCGUAAAUACGGCUGCGAUUCGGUACGCGCGGCUGCCGAAUAUUUCGGUAAAAGUUGCGCUCCCGGUGCCGUAAGUUCAGAAUACGUAACCGAUACGACUUUCGAUAAUUUAUGUCAUCUGUGUCACGGCUCGAGUUACAAAUAUUGCCAACGCGAUGCUAACGAAGACUAUUACGGAUUCACAGGCGCAUUCAGAUGUCUCGUUGAAGGCGGAGGUCAUGUAGCUUUUCUGAAGCAUACCACUGUUUACGAAAAUACCGAUGGUAAACGUAAGGAAUGGUGGGCUCGUAAUGCUCUCAGUGAAGAUUUCCAACUCUUAUGUCCCGAUGGUACUCGAUCAACUCUAGAUAAAUACCAAAAAUGUAAUAUGGGUAAGGUAAAAGCAAACGCUAUCAUCACACGUGGUGGAGAACAGUACAGCGAACCAGAAAUAAACGCUUAUAUUAAUUUAUUUGUAUACGCUCAACAAUUUUAUAGCCGAAAGGACGACGAAGAAUUCAGCAUGUUCAUGUCGCCGCCUCCGUACAGUGAUCUCAUUUUUCAAGAUGCUACUCAGCAGCUUCGUGUUAUAGACCCAGCCUACAGGAGUUACGACAGAUACUUGGGAAGUGAUUUCAUGCGCGCUAGACGUAUCGUAGAUUGUCGCGCUUCGGGUUCUAUUAGUCUUUUUUCAGUAAAAGUCAUCGUUUUAGGUGUGGUGCUCGCGUAUUUCACGUAAUUAUAAUGCUAAAGCACGCCUGCCAAUUUUUUUUAGGUACCCAUAGUUGAGAACUUACAAAGAUCGUGGUGUAUUUUAUAUUCGUAUUCCCACCGUUAGUAACAAAUAUGUAUGUCAAUUGCUUAGUUCUCCAUUUUUCGACCAGCUUUAAAUUUGAUUCAGAUUGAUCGAUUGUUUUUGUAGUAUUAUUUUGUAAACCUUGUCUGUACAAUAUUUGUGUAUUAAGUAAUUGUGACUGUGAUUCGAAAGCGAAUUUUUUUCUUACUCAAUAUCAUCGCGUUCCAUUUAAAAUCCGUCCACUCGGAAUUCGAUCUUUAUUCUACGAAUUUUUGUAUUUUAAUUUAGAUCUGACUAAUAUUUUAAUGACUUCGAAUCUUCAAGUUGAUUUGAAUAUGUUAUGAUAUUUUCUCAUUUUUGUAUUACGUUAUUUCACUCGUCUUUCUCCUGAUUAUAUAAAUCUAUGUAACUUGAAGUGAACGCCGUCCAUUCUUCUUAGUAUUAACUUUUUAUUACGGUUUUUGUAUCUAUGUAUUGUUAAUUUAUUAUCGUUUUACUGCAGUAUCUCAUUCGGUAGUCGUAGACUAUUAUUUAUUCGUAAUCAUUUGUACUGCAUAUUUUUAAGGUGUUUUAUUUCUACCAUUAUUUGAUAUUUUAUUCGUACUUCGUAGAAUAUCUUUUUUUAUUGUUUUAUACACUGUCCGUCCACAUGAACUAAAUCCAAUUUCCACAUUUCUUUUUUUUGUGGUAAUUUUUUGUACGAUGUGUGUUCUUUUUUACUUGUCAAUAAAAUACAUAAUAUAAAUUAUU